AUGGUCGAUCAACCUCAUCUACAUCGUUCGGCUGAAAUAGAAGAUUUAGCUCAUCUAACAUCAGAAGACAUAAAUAAACCACUUGUUGAUAGUCAACAAAAAUCUAAACAAGCAUUGAUAGUUGUCGAUAUUCAAAAUGAUUAUUUUCCAGGUGGUAAAUGGAUUCUUAAUGGUAUGGAUGCUGCUGCAGAUAAUGCAGCUCAAUUAUUAUCAGCAGCACGUGCUUCCGAUGAUUUAGUUAUUCAUAUUCGUCAUGAAUUUCCAACAAGUGAUGCUCCAUUUUUUUCAAAAGGAUCAAUUGGUGUUCAAAUUCAUUCAAAAGUACAAAAUCGUGAAGAUGAACAUGUCAUUGUUAAAAGCCAUAUAAAUGCAUUCCGAGAAACAAAACUUAAAGAUAUUCUUGAUCGUAAUGAAAUUCGAGAUAUUGUUAUAUGUGGUGCAAUGAGUCAUAUGUGUAUUGAUGCUAUUACUCGUGCUGCUCAUGAUUUUGGAUAUAAUUGUAUUGUUAUUCAUGAUGCUUGUGCAUCUCGUGAACUUGAAUUUAAUGGUAUAAGAGUUCCA